UUGUAAUCCAAGUCCUUUCUCCGCAUGAUAAGAAAUUAAUCAGUCUAGAGUUUUGAUCGUUUUUUUUAUGGAUAAUCGGUACUCUCUCGGUUGUUGGAAACACGAGUGUCAUCAUUUACCAGAUAAUAUGUCUCGUUCGACCAUCUGGGAAUCAGUCGCCAGUGGCUACAAGUAACAGAAUGCUUGUUCUCAAUCUUUCUGCUUCUGAUUUGCUUGUUGGAAUUUAUCUCGUUGGGCUCGGAGUGAAAGAUGCGACGGUGUCAGAAUAUUGUCUACUAGAUCAAGAAUGGCGAUGUAGUGUGACGUGCACAGCACUUGGCUCUCUCGCACUGAUUGGAACUGAGACAUCGGUGUUUAUUCUGCUCAUUAUGACGGCUUAUAGACUGUAUCUUGUUGUAAGGCCUUUCAAAGCUCAAAAGCUUCUGAUCAUCGGUAUAUCUAUCGCUCUGGGCCUGGACAAUUUCCACUUGCCCUGGCGUUCGCACCUUUGGCUUCAAGCGCUCAGGAUUAUUUUGUCUCCUGUGUCUGGUUUCGAAAUCACCAAUUUAUGGGAAAAGUCUGUCGCAAGGAUUUGCAGAAAUAUACUCAGGAUCUUGUUCUAUACGAAGGGAACAGUACCGUCUUCAGUAACAUUGUCGAAACCGGAUAUACUUGGGAGAACAUGUUUACAGCCAUGAAGCAGCUCAAUUCAUCCUAUGUUCCUGAACGAUACUUCGGUUACUAUUCCGCACAUAGUGUCUGUCUUCCUCGGCUUUUCCCCGAUCCACAAACAGACAAAGUUUGGGGAUAUUCUCUCUUUUUGAUUCUGAUCAACUUCUUUGCAUUCGUUUUUAUCUUAGUCAGCUAUAUUUACAUUUACAGAACCACGACAAGUGGCAACAUCAAGAAAUCUAAAUCGGAAGAUCGAGCUCAGGCUCUUCAGAGGAAAGUUACUCGGAUUGUUCUGACAGAUUUCUGUUGCUGGAUGCCGAUUUGUAUCAUGGCCUUCAUCAGGGUUUCAGGCAUCCAGGUACCAGAUGAAGCUUAUGCUGUGACUGCAAUUAUUCUCCUACCGAUCAACAGCGCAAUGAAUCCGUUUCUCUAUUCCGACAUUUUGGAUAUAGUUUGGGAAAGAUUGCUUCCAGUCAGGAAUUGGUUCAACAGCACAAAAUGUGGCCAAAAAUUGAAGAAAAUACAGAACAAAAGACAGAAACAGAAAAAUAAAUCAACUCUGGGAGCGAACUCAUCAUGUGAUACAAAGUCAACGGCAUUAGGAUCGGGACAACUCCCACAGCACACCCAUUAUUCAAAUGUUUCACCAGAGCUGAAAUCAGGAAACGGAAGAGAGAAACAAGAUCGAGUUUACUAUGAAGUACAGAAUGAUGACACACAGAAUGGAAAUUCAGUGCAAAUUGAAAACGACACGCAGUUAUGAAAGACAAGUGAACUAAAACGAAAAAGCAUUCCUGAUCCCGAUUGCCUUCGCUGACUGAUCACAAACAUCGUUAUUCAAACAAUUUCUGCUACAAGACGAUGAGAACUGUAUGGUCAAGACAUCAAACCUAAAUAUGAUGCUGCUCAUUGUAUCAGAUCUGGAGUUCAAAUCCCAUAGCCAUCAAUCCAGGUUCCAACCCGGGUGUAUUAAAUUUUGGAAAGUUUCUGAGCUGUCCAUGAACAUGGUUGGUACCUACUUAUCGGCGACUUCAGAGUGGAAACGCCUUUCAAAUUUGCUAUUUUCAAUCGAAAAUAAUCGACCAUUUUAAUGCAGUAAUUUCCAAUGUCUAACUGUCUGCUCCUACAGAGUAGAAGCGUGAAAUGAUUUUUUGUCUCUACUAAAAAACUCCCGUAGUGUGUGUACCCGGUUAGGGUUGGACAAUAAUUUUAUUGCAAUUAUCCUUAUUUUAGCUCUAUUUCGAGUUCGGGGACUGUCUGUGUUAGCCAAGUCAAUAUACCUCUUGCUCAUGGGUUUUAGUCACUUUAAACAACUUGAUUUAAAGUAGGAGAACAAAAUUAGUUAUUUCCAUAUUGGCACACACAUUUCUGGAGCGCCAAAACUUUGAUAUCCUAAGUUUUUGAGUAUAUUUAAAAUUUGGGUGCGAUGGCUUGGGCUAGGGACGUUGGAUUUAACGAGUUUGUGGAUUCGGGUUUUUAACCCAUGAUCUCUAACUUGUUGAACUUGAGGGACUUAAUUUUUUAAUAAUUUUCAAAAUUCUGAAAAUAAAUUCAAUCAUGCUUUACCAAAUCUAAUUUUCAAUAAUUUCAUAUUGUUUUCACUUUUUCUUAUUUUACUAUUACAUGGUGCUUCUAACAUUGUAAAAUUCAGCAAUUUAACUAAUUUC